CGAGGAGGAGGAGGAGGGGCCGCGGCCGGGGCCGGCAUAAAGCGCGCUGCUCCACAGGCUGCCUGCGUGUAACCCAGGCGGCUCAGAUGGCAAGCGCGGAGCGGCAGCCGCUGGUCCGCGGGGCCGGAACCCGCCGGAGUCUCCGGCACCAGCUCCCAACCUGGACCCUUCUUGGUACUGUGUGUGCAGCUGGCAUUGGAGGGACCUUUCAAUAUGGAUACAAUAUUUCUCUCAUCAAUGCCCCCACUCAGCACAUCCACAACUUCCUCAAUGAAACCUGGCACAACCGUUACCGGACUGAGCUGAGCUCCAGCAUGUUGACUCUUCUCUGGUCCACCAUUGCUUCUAUUUUUUCCCUAGGCGGGUUCUUUGGGGCUCACCUUGGGCCCAUCAUGGCUGGUUGUCUGGGCAGGAAAGGAGCUCUGCUGAUGAAUAACCUCCUUGCCCUCUUUGCUGCUACCCUGAUGGGGGCCAGCCUCCCAACAGGGCUCUUCGAAUUGCUGAUCAUUGGGAGGUUUCUCAUCGGAAUGAAUACAGGCAUUGGACUCUCUGUGCAGCCUCUCUAUAUAGGUGAAAGUGCCCCCAGACACCUUCGAGGGGCCAUGGUGAUAGGCAGUUCCAUCUUCCUGACAGGAGGUGUUUUGACCGGGCAAGUGAUGGGUCUAAGGGAGCUGCUGGGGGGAGAGGAAUUCUGGCCCUUCCUGCUCUCGAGCUGUGGCCUGCCUGCCAUAAUCCAACUCCUGAGCCUUCCCUGGUUUCCAGAGAGUCCCCGUUUCACAUUAUUGGACCGAGGGGACGAGACCAAGGGUGUCAAAGCACUGAAGCGCUUCCAUGGCCCUCUGCGCUACCACAAGGAGCUGGAGGACAUCCAGAGAGAGAGGUUUGCCCUCCAAGGGGAGAAGGCAAAGAAGCCCUGGGAGCUCUUUGCCGACCGUAGCAUCCGCUGGCAGCUGAUUGCAGUCAUCUGUCUGACCAUGGGCCAGCAGCUCAGUGGGAUCAACACAAUUUACUUUUAUGCCAGUUACGUCUUUGCAGAGACGGGGAUUCCCCCCGAGAAGAUCCCCUAUGUCACUUCAGGUACAGGGAUGUGUGAAUGCCUCACUGCCCUCACCUGCGGCUUGCUAGUUGAAUCUUUGGGGAGGAGAGCUUUGAUCCUGGGAGGCUACUGCCUUAUGAUGUUUUGGUGCAUCAUCCUGACCAUUUCCCUGACCUUCCAGAUGUAUGCAUGGGCACCAUAUCUGAGCAUAGCUUGCAUAUUCGCCUUCAUCUUGAGCUUUGGCCUUGGACCAGCCUGGAUAACACAUCUAUCUUCUAUACUCUUAGAAUCACCAACCUGGAGGUACUGCAUGCACCCAUUUAUGCUGGUCUGACUAUAAUAAAUAUUUGCUUUUGCAUGCUUGCCUAAGGAGUUAAGAGGUGGGUAGGGAAUGGCCUUCCAAGGUGUUCACUGGCCGGAUGGAUUUACACAAGAUGUCUUCAGACACCUCCAUUCAAAAAUUUUUCUGACGAGCCCAAGGUGGCAGCUAUUGAAGUUCUUCGCUCUGCUGUGGAAUAAAAAAAUUAGCUUCAUCCAUCUUUCUGCAUAGACUUGAAGACUCGAGGGUGAAAUGCUCCCGGUUCAGACCGGAUCAGUCAAUCCAGUAGUGAUGGUAGCGGGUGGUUCGGAAAACAAGUAGCAAAAAUCCUUGCCCACCCACCAUGCCCAUACAAAUGCCCGCUUGCCACUUCUUUCUGGCUCUCUCGCUUUUCCCGCCCAAAUGGUAGGAAUAGGUUGUAAAAAAUGCUUUUAAAAGGUUAAAAAAAAGGCUGACGAUCACAGCUGAGCCGUGUGAUCGUCAGAGCCUUUUUUUACUUUUAAAAUCAUUUUUUUACAACCUUUUCGGCCAAAUAGGUUGUAAAAAAAUGCUUUUAAAAGUAAAAAAAAAGAUAACGCGCCACAGCUGAUCACCCCCCCCCCGUUCAACUUAACCCAUGCCUCCUUUUGACAUGCACUGGGUGCGCACAACACGUUUGGCACACAGUGUGCAUGCGCAGCCAGCGAAUUGGUAGUAAACCAGUUAAGUUUUCACCGAGUAAACUUCCCCCAACAAGCAAACCCAUAAUCUGUUAGCUUUCUGCUUUGUUCUACCAUGCCUGCCAGAAGGUUGAACUAACCUAUGUCCUCUGCACUGUGCCUCUUACAUAAUUCACCACGUCCACUCCCUCUGUCUAACAAGGGCCCC